CUUUGUAAGUUUAUAUGAUAUUAAUUUUCUUUUAAUUAAUAAUCUUGCUGUUAGUUAAGGAAUUUGGUAAAGAUUGAUGGAAGAAGUGUGUCUGUUACCCCCACGAGGCGUCCUGCUGCACUCUGAGGUUGUUGUUCACAGGGGAGCGAGACUUCAGUAUGUCUACGCAACGUUGUAUCACUGACUUUAUAGGGGCAGAGUCUGCAAAAGGUGCCAGCAAAAAGAAAAAGAAGAAAGACAAGUUUCUGAUUGAAGACCGAAGUGAAGAAGUGGCAGCUGGCACAACUAUAGAUAGUACAGAAAAAUCACCAAAAAAGUUAAAAAUGAAAAAGAAAAGGGCAUUUGAAGAGGUUGCAAUGAAAGUCGAACCCGAGGACACAGAACAGCUUGAUAGUUGUAUUAUCACCAAACCCAAGAAGAAGAAGAAGAAGAAGAAGACUAAGGUGGCUGGUAAUGGCAAUCAUAAAUCCCAAGAAAAUGUUUCAUCGAUGUCUCCUGUAAAAGUUCCUGCAGACAAUGUACUAAAGACUUCUAUGAAAAGACAGUUAAAGAAAGACUCUGAAAGUCCAUCAAGUCCAUCUAAAAUGGAGAAUAAAAAGCAAAGGAGUAAUUCUGAAAAAGUUGUGAGUGUGGAAGAUGAGGACCUUGAAGUAGAGUGUCAAAACUGGACUAUGGAGGAGGAACUAGAGCUGCUGGAGAAGAUGAAGGCUCUCGCACCCAAGAAGGACACCAAGAGUUGUCGGGUCAGAUUGAAAAUUUUUGAUUGGGAUGAAGUGGCAUUUGGUGACCACUCUGGAGAUAAUUGCAAGAAGCGAUUCAUGGAGAUUUCCGCUCGUAUCAAUACAAUGAAGACACUUGCGACAAUUAUAGAAGAGGCAGAAGAAAAAGUGUCGUCCUUUGCCUCGAGAAAGAAACAGAUUAGACAACCCAUAAGUCGUUUCUAUAAAGACUUUUUAAGUAAAUCCUCUGUGAAGGGG